CACCUGCAAGAGAGCACUAAAAUGUGAAAUGAUUGCAGCAUUUGACUUCUUCUUCCUUUUAAUAAGAAAUUGCAACCACAAGGAGCAUUACCGCAAACAUUUGACUGCGAUUGUUGCUGGCUUGUUUGCUCAAUUGACAACUCUAUUAACCUCCUGAGACUCAAGUUUUAGUUUGGGCAGGCAAGAAAAAUCAAAAUGUACACCUGCGUCUGGAAUGGUCUCUUCCACUAUUCUGCAAGCCUCCCCUGAAUGAGUCAUCCAGCCGGCUCCUCAUUGGAUAAGACCAUGCCAUCCCAAGGGAUUGCCUUGCAGAGGCAGAAAGGCCUUGCUUCCAUUCACAGAAACAUUGGUAUGCCAGCCUGCUAUUUCAUUCACAUAAAAGACUAAAUAUUGCAUGCUUUUUGUCCUCUGCUCUUAUCCUCCUUUGUCUUUUUGCCUCCUCUUUUGAUUUGCGAGGGCUUGCCUUUUCUUCCCUGCUUUUGUGUUUGCCUUUUUUUUCUGAGGAGAGAAAGCAGACGUGCUGUCUUUUUUUUUUUUUUUUCUAUAUUUGCCAGGCAGGAAAGAGAGAUGUUGGGAGGGACUGCAGUGCGAAAUCUGCAGCAGAGUGCGAGCGGAAGCUGCUUAUGAAUGAGUGUCAGUCUUUCGGCUUUGCUAGAUGCUCCUGAGGACAUUUUACAUGAAUGGUGUCUGGCUGUGUGCUUUCCGCUACCGGGAAGACAAAGAUGCUUCAUUGCUGCUGCUUUUAAGGAGACUCAUGGGCUUUUUCUGUUUAUCCUUUUGGUUGUUUCAUUGACUCAUCUGCCUGAGAAACAUGUCGUUCAUAAUGUUUUUUGAGUUGUGUCAUUCAUGUAAUUCAACUUGGACCAAUUGCUUGGUAUUUUAGACAAGCUGUGAGAUUGUAUCUGCCUGCUUGUUGCGAACUGUCUUUUUUAUUCCUUUGUUGCAGAAUACUGACAGAGAAUUUGUGCUGCACAUUGGACAAAUGAUCUAAAAACAGUUUAAUGUGGGGAAAAAAUGUUAUUAUUUUUGCAUUUAUGCUUGAUUAUUAAUAUUUUGUGCAGAAACAAGAAGUGUAUUUAGUAGUCGUAGGUUUUUCAGAGUACAUAACUAAAAACCAGGAGUGAUGUCUGCCCAUAUUCUGCAGCUAUUAUAAAUUAACAUGGACAAUAUAUUAAUGAUGUUGCGUAUUUCCGGUCAUGCUAAAAUUUUACUGUAUUGUUGCUUUUAGUGACUUACUGUGCAGACGUUUCUUAGAAAAAAUACAACUUCAUGAAACAUUUAAAUAGAGAUAUUUAUUCUUGAAUCAAAGUAUUUUUGUUAGAAUAGAUUUUGGCAGGAUUUAGGCUGUCAAUUAAAUGGAUGCUAGUUUUCAUUACUUAUUUAUUUAUUAUCUUUGUGAUUAGUUUAUAGUGGUAAUCAUCCAUUUAUCACAACUUUUAGCAGUUCAUCCAUUUAGUAAGAUAUUCAUUGUGUAGGACAUUAAUUUAUUCAACAUAUUAUGAAUAAUUAUGUUAAAUAAUCAAGCUACCUCUCAUUCUUCAUUUCCUUUUCUCAGAAAAACAAAUAAGAAGGAAAGAAUUACAGAGAAUAAAUAUCAGACUAGGGAAUUUAAAAAUUGAUUGGUUCUAGUGUGCUGUAAGUGGGAGGUUUUUUUUUCUCCCUCCGACAGGAAGUGAUUUGCAGUGUUCAGCAAGCCUUUUGUUGAGAAGGUUUUCUCAGAUCAGUGAGUCAUGCUUUAGCUCUGAGCCGGCAGGCAGGCAGGCAGGCAGGCAGCAGUCAGUAGAGAGUAUUUGCUCUUCCCUCGCAGUAUCCGUGAUCAUCGACAACAUAGACCUUUCUCUGUUUUCUUACUUUUUGGAUUUUUGAGGCUAGAAAUCAGCAGCAGCAGCAGCAUCAUCGCUGGAAACCAAACAAGCUGCACCACAACACUGGCAGGCUUUUAGAGACCUUUUUCCUCUCCAUCCUCUUCUUCCUCUGCCUCAAUGCUGUGUUUCCAUGGAUUGUCUCUGUAUAUUUCCCUCUGACGGAUUGGAUUGCAGCUCUGGAUUUUUCUGAGAGCAGAUUGGACUUUGGCGACAGCAGCAGCAACAGCAGCAGCUCAACACAACCACCACUGUAACCUCAAUAGAGAAAAUUACAGUCAGGUGGCCUGUGAUUGCUAAAAGGCGUUUGCUGCCUGUACCGCUGCUGCUAUGUUACAGGAGAGGGUAAUCAGCACGGCUCAGCCACGUCUGCCAGCACACUUGUGAAAGAGGCAGGCUGUGCGUGUCGGUUGGUGGAGAGAGGGGAGAGAGCAAGAGAGAGAAGGGUAUGCUUCACCGUACCAAAUACAACCGCUUCAGGAAUGAGUCAGUAACAUCCGUCGAUGAGCUUCUCCACGGCCUGUCCAUGAACCCCAAGGUCUCGGCCACCCCCCAGUCUGCAGCCGAGACAACUUACACACCCCCGACUGAGGUCCAGACCUCCACCACCACCACUGCUUCCAGCACCCCCACCAGCCACGGCUCCGACCACCUGGAAGAUGGAGGCACCACCCUCUGCACCCUCAUCAACAAGGUGUCCAGCCUGAAAUUCAGCAACUCAGGCAGCUUGCUGGGCAUCAAGGGUCUGCCCUCAGCUGUCAAGGACCUGGCUGUGUCUAAGCUGCAGGGGGGUGGGGGAUCGGGCUCAGGCAGCUCCAGUGGCCCGAGCCCCAGUGCGGCAACAGCAGCGGCGGCAGCAGCCUCUGGUGUGGGCGGCUCUCUGUGCAGCUCGGCCUCCCAUUCAACCCCCUGCUCGCAGCUGGAGCCGGCCGUCAGCAUGAGCAAGAAGAGCAGGCUGGACGAGCUCCAGCCCGGCGGAGAGGACUGGAAUCCUGGUGGAGGUGGUGGACUGGUGAGCAAGCCCUCCAGAGGGUGGCUACACUCGAGUGAGAAGAUCUCUGGUCCAGGAGUGACAUACAUUGUAAAGUAUCUGGGCUGUAUAGAAGUCCUUCGGUCGAUGAGAUCACUGGAUUUCACCACAAGAUCACAAAUUACGAGGGAAGCCAUCAGCCUGGUGUGUGAGGCUGUUCCAGGGACCAAAGGAGCUCUGCGGAAGAGAAAGCCACCAUCCAAAGCUCUGUCCAGUAUCCUGGGGAAGAGCAACCUACAGUUUGCUGGCAUGUCCAUCAACUUAAAUAUCUCCACCAGUAGCCUCAACCUGAUGACCCCUGACUGCAAACAGAUCAUAGCCAACCAUCACAUGCAGUCCAUCUCCUUUGCAUCAGGUGGAGACCCUGACACAACAGAUUAUGUUGCCUAUGUAGCAAAGGACCCUGUGAACAGAAGAGCGUGUCACAUCCUGGAGUGCUCUGACGGGCUGGCCCAGGACGUCAUCAGCACCAUCGGCCAGGCCUUUGACCUUCGCUUCCAGGCGUACCUGCAGUGUCCCUCAAGCAAAAUGUCCUCCACACAUGACAGGGUAUUAAACAUGGAGGAGUUACCAUGGACGGAGGAAGAGGAGGAGUCAGCAGAACACCCUUACUAUAACAACAUCCCCGGCAAGAUGCCACCCCCCGGAGGCUUCAUCGACACCCGGCUGACCAAUCAAAAUGCAGCGUCAGAUGGAUGCCAGAUGGGCCCAGGUUCAGUAGAUCAGACAUAUUACCAAGGACGGCACUGUGGAGAAAACUGGGGAGAUGAAAGAAAGCCCAUAUUCAUACAGCAGGGAUCAUUUGAUAUAAGCAGUCUGCCCGAGAGUAAAUGUCAGGCACCAAAAACAGGAGAGAUGCCCGCGUAUGUGAACACUCAGCAGAUUGACGCCCAGGUGCUCGCAGCACUCCAGGCAGAGGCGGAAAAUGUGACAAAGGGCAUGGCAGCUGCAGCCAAAGAGAGCCCACAGAAGGACCUGUUUGACAUGAAGCCCUUUGAGGACGCCAUUCAGUCACAGUCCCAUCCGCCGCCCCAGUCCCAGGCCUCCAGCCUUCAUAAGGCAGCGUCGGUGGACAACUCGAGUCCUCUUCUAGUGCGCUCGGUGGCCUUCCGGGCACAGGAGGAGCUGGAGGGCCAGACGUGGUACCAUGGCAAAAUGAGCCGCCGUGACGCUGAAAAACUGCUGAAAGAAGACGGGGACUUCCUGGUUCGUAAGAGCACUACCAACCCAGGGUCCUACGUACUGACGGGCAUGCACAAUGGACUUGCGAAACACCUCCUGCUGGUGGACCCUGAGGGCACGGUACGGACAAAAGAUCAUAUAUUUGACAGCAUUAGCCAUCUUAUUGGCCAUCAUCGUGACAACAAUCUGCCGAUUGUUUCAGCUGGGAGUGAACUGUGUCUCCUACAGCCUGUUGGAAGGAAACAGUGAUGCUUGCAAUGCCUGGUGGGAAAAAGGAAGCUCUGAACAGUCUCUCCUACCAUCCUGAAACUUGAAGAUGAAACAUGACGAGAAGAUGCUUGAAGGCUCUAUGCGCUGACUGUGUUUUUUUGGAAAUUGACCCGUGGUUAUUUUACUGGAGGCACUGAAAGACGCAAGAUUUGUUUAAGAUAAAAAAAUAUUUAUAGAACUGUUAUUAUUUUGUUGUGACGACUGAAAUGCUAUAUUUUUGAGAAGACAUAGGUGCAUUUGGACAUAAUAUCUUGAUUUGGUGUUUUAAAAGAUUUAAAAAAAAGAGACAAUUGUUCUUGUAGUUUAGAUGAAGUGCAAAUCGAACCUCAAAGAGGUGAUUACAAGAGUAUUUUAGAAUAAAAAACCUGAAAUUUUAGUUUUGUCUGUCAAGCACAACCACAUUUCUACAGGAACUGUUGGCUAAGAGGUCGAGGAAACAAAAACAGUUUGGACAACAAAUGCUGUUUAUAAUGAAUUACUUUAGGAAAAAUGUCCUUUAAUCUCACCAAUAGCGUGACAGCUCACUCAAUUAGUCACUAUAUGAAAUCUGCUUUUAUCUGGGAUUAGAACUGAAUGUGUUUUGCUUUGCAGUAGUCACAAAGUGUCGGGGUGCAAACAGACAUCCUUCAUAGUGCUGUCAAUGGCUUUAAAGAUAAACUUUUUUUAUGAAGUAUUUUCUUGUGUCACUGCAGUCGCAUGACUUAAAAUCAACUGUUCUUGUGGACAUUGUUCGUAGACCUUGAUACCCCUUUAUUUGAAAGAGGUGCUUGUGUAUGCUGACACUGUAAAAAAAAAAUAUUUAUGCUUUUCAACCAGUGAUUAUUUCUUAAUUGGUUUUCUCUGGAUUCUUCUUUUAGGUGUAUAGUCAAUGAUUAGUUUUGGGGCUUUAGUCAUGCAAUUGAUAUUCUCACAUUCUUAAUUAGCAUUUUUCGGCUUUUUUCGUGAACUUUUAAAAGUUAGUGUUAUAUUAUUUGAAUGACCACAAAUGAAUAGCACAAUCAGAAAGUUAGAUCAGUUAGAUCAUCUGUGUCAGUUGUACCAAGACGAAUUACCAAUGUGUCGAGACGUAAUUUACACUUUUGACUUAAAAGACGGAAUUAGACAAACACUCACUCAAUACAGAUUGUUUAGCUCACCUUCACUUAUUGAUGUUAAAUGAAAAGAUUUUAUUUCUCAGUGUGUGGAUAUUUAAUGGCAAGGCUUCUGUUCUGCCACUAGAUGUCAUCACAGAAAUGCUUGUUUCCCCCUGUUAGUCCUCACUUCAGUUUCUUGUGUUAUUAGUAGCAAAGGAUGCUGGCUGUGUAUUACUUUACAGUACAGGGGAAACCAUUGUUGCUUGACAAGUCAGAGUUCAUUUGCAUUUUGCAGUCCACUGUACACAAUCAUUCCUCAGAACAGUUCCCUGUAUUUAGUGUUAUACAGACUGUUUUUGUAGAGUGGGAAUCAAACAUUUGAAACGGCUAUUAGAAAUAGUACACAGUUCUAGCAACAGACUUUUAAAAAUGCUCUCAUCCUUACUAUUGUCAGUACUCUGAUGGAUACCAAAUGAAUGGGGCAUUGUAUUUUAUAUGCACUGGACCACUUCAAUUGAACCAAAAUCAGCAUGUGUUCAAUGAGUUUGACAAGACAGAUGCAAUGUAAUAUAACGUGCCUGUAUUUUGCUGCAAGAGGGAGUGUACAGUACAUGCAUCUCACGCAUAUUUUAGCAAAGAGCAGUAUUGGGAUUGUUAUAAAAUACAUUCACCACCUUUUUUGGUUUAAGACAAUAAGACUUUCUUUGCUUCCUUGUGUCCCUUUUAGCAGAGCGAUGUGAGGAACGGCAUUUUGACAUUUUUGAGAGAAAGAGAGAAAAGGGCACAAGGAAUCAUUGGGUGUUUGUUUGUUUUAUUACAGUGAUCCACCAUUAACUUUUUUAUGGAAUUGUAAUGCAUUCACUUGAGAAAAAAAUAUUUCCCCUGUUUUUCAUAAUUAAUUAAAUAAUUAUCUCUAUAAUGUGUUAGAUAGUUAUGUCACUAGUUCCGAAUUUCUGCAAAUUCUUCAAAAUUCUGCGGUUUUUGUGAAUGAAUUAGAUAAUUAUCAGAUUUUUCUUUUAUUUAUUAAAUAAAUCUGUGUUUUUCUGGAUGAAUGAGAGGUUUAUCUCAUAAAAUCAGAAAUACAGAGCACAA